UCCCAUUUUCAUUCUUUCUAUUCUGGGCUUCAAUUUUCCACCUCAUUUUCUUUUCUUUUUUUUAUAAAUUAAUUUUAUCCUUAAAUUUCCAUUUCCUAAUCCUCCUCUGUUUCAUUUUCAUUUCCAUUUUUUUUCUCUCUGCUGUAACGUUGAAUGAUGGCAAUUCAACUCAACAUGUAACUUCAAAACAGAGACAAAGGAUUUUCUUAAAAAAAUGAUAGGAUCUGAAACUGAAGCUCCCACUAUCAUUGCUUGUAAUGCAAACAUAAAUUUUGAAGGUGGAGGUCCAACAGGUCCUGUUGCUAAUGGAGUUAUAUAUUCAGCUCCUGUUGCUAAUGGAGUAAUCUAUUCUGAAAACCCCAAUUUCUUUGUUACCAAGGAUUCACCUUCUGUUUUUUCUGAAGAAAAGGGGAAUCACGUUGCAAUGGAAGUUCUCUCUUCUAAAAAUCUCAAGCAAGGUGGUUUGAAUAAAGGGUUUAUUGAAACUAAGGCACCUAUUGAAUCUGUUAAAGCUGCUGUCUCUAAAUUUGGAGGGAUUGUUGAUUGGAAAGCUCGUCGAGUCCAUUCUAUGGUGGAGAGAAGUAAGACAGUGGAUGAAAGACUUGAGGGUGUGCAGGAUGAUAUUCUUCAUUUUAGGAAAAAGUCGGACCAAGCUGUGGUGGAAGAAUUCCAAGUGUUGAAGGAGCUCGAAAACACAAAAAAACGCAUAGAAGAACUAAAGCAUGCAUUGGAGGUUGCUCAAACAGAAGAGCAACAGGCAAAACAAGAUUCAGAACUUGCUAAGCUAAGACUAGAGGAAAUGGAGCAAGGAACGACUGAGGAGAAUGAUGAUGCUCUUGCUAAGGCACAGCUUGAGAUGGCCAUGGCCGGGCAUGCUGCUGCUGUUUCAGAGCUGAAAUCUAUUAAAGAAGAACUGGAAAUACUACGUAAUGAGUUUGCUUUGUUAGUGUGCGAGAGAGAUGCUGCUGUAAAAAAUGCUGACGAUGCUCUUGCUGCGUCUGUGGAAGGUGCGAAGGCACUUGAGGAGCUGUCAAUGGAGCUGGUUGCUUUAAAGCAAUCAUUGCAGUCUGCACAAGCUUCCCAUUUAGAAGCAGAAGAACAAAGGAUGAGUGCUGCCAUGGCGAAAGAGCAGGAUUGUUUGAAAUGGCGGAAGGAGCUUGAUGAUGCAGAAGAGGAGUUCUGUAGACUAAAUUUGCAAGUUCUGUCGAUUGAAGAUCUUAAAUUGAAAGUAGAUACUGCCUCGAGUUUGUUAUCGGAUCUGAAAGCCGAAAUGAUGGCCUAUAUGGAAUCGGUAAUGAGGGAGGAGAUAAGUGAUGAACAUGUCUUGGAAGGUGAUGUUUCUGAAAUUGUUAAGAAAAUAGAUGCAGCUACACUUUCGGCGGUAGAUUCAAAGAAGAUGGAAUUGGAAGAAGUAAAGCUCAACAUAGAGAAAGCAAUUGCUGAGGUAGAAUGCUUGAAGAUGGCUGCUACUUCACUAAAAUCAGAGCUUGAAGUGGAGAAAUUUACUUUGACCACCACUAAGAAAAGGGAAGUUGAAUUAGAUAAGAACAUGUCCGAAAUAGUUGUUCAAGGAAACGUAAAAGAAGCUGAAGAAAAUAGUGUAGACUUGACUAAUCAAUUGAAGCAAGCAGAAGAGGAGGUUGAUAAGGCUAAGUCGAUUGCUCAGAUGGCUCGUGAAGAACUCCAGAAGAUAAAGAUAGAAGCAGAACAAGCAAAGGCAGAAUCAAAAGCAGUUGAAAGUAGAUUACUUGCAGCUCAGAAGGAGAUUGAAGCUUCAAAUGCUUCAAAAAUGUUAGCAUUAUCAGCAAUCCAAGCACUACAAGAAAGUAGUGAUUCAUCUGAAACCACAAAAGAAGAUUCACCAACCACAGUAACUAUUUCACUAGAGGAAUACAAUGAACUCAGCGAACAUGCCCGUGAGGCCGAGGAGCAGGCCAGAAUCAAGGUGACAGAAGCAAUUUCACAAAUCGAGGCCGCUAAGGAAUCCGAAGCAAAAUGUCAGGAAAUGCUUGAGGAAGUUAGUCGUGAACUAGCGGCCAGACAGGAAGUGCUGAAAGCUGCAACAGAUAAGGAAAGCGAGGCCGAGGAAGGAAAGUUCGCAGCAGAACAAGAGUUGAGAAUAUGGAGGACAGAACAAGAGCAACUAAGGAAGGAGGAGAAAUCUAGCCAAGAAGUAGCAAGUCCUACAACAAGUCCAAGGACAAGCUUUGAGGUAAAAGAAUCAACGGCUGAUGAGCAAGCUGAUUCUCCAGCUCCCGAAGAGCCAAGUGCAAAGGAACAGACACAAAAAAGCUUGGGUAGAACUGAAACAUUGUCAGAAACUAAGGAUGGAAAGAAAAAGAAGAAGUCAUUCUUCCCUAAAAUGCUAACAUUGUUAGGCAAACAAAAGUCAAGUCGACAUAAAUCAACAUAACAUGUUAGUCUCAUUGACAAAAAGACAAGCUCUUUCUAAUACAUUUAUACAAUCUGAAUCUCUUUAUUCAA